AUGCUUCUUGGAAGGUCACACGAAGACGCGGAUGACCUGUUGCACGACAUUCAGGAAUUUGAGAGGAUCGACCGUGAGCGACGAGAACGCUUCGGGACAGCGGCUGAGCGAAGAGCGACGAGCGAUGCACCUCGUAUGCAACCUACACCCAAGGCACUGCUGCAGGGUGCGUCCGGGUACGACUGGCGGGACCAGCGGCCAGCUGUCACAAAUCAGACGUCAAACGUCACUGGUGCAGUGCUAUUCAACAACUGUGGGUGCGAAAUUCUUGUUGACAUGGAGGACGGAGAGGUUAUUGUGCCGGUGUUUACGAGCGGAAAUGAUGAUGUGGUUCUACGUAAAGGACAAAGACUUGGCCACGCGACAGAGGUGGACAUCCCGGGUUGCGAGAUGAAGAAAAUAAAUGAGUGCAGAGAGGAGUGCAGCGCCGCGAAGCCAGAGCAAAUUCUGGUUACGGAGGCGCGACGGCCGAUUGGGAGCGAGGAAAUGAAAAUGGGCCCCUCCGUAACAGAGGAGCAGCGUCGUGAGCUCGCAUGCCUCCAAAAUGAGUACCAGGAUUGUUUCGCCGCCAAUCUCAGUGAACUUGGCUGCACACCUGCCCUUUCGAUGGACAUACAGGAGAUACCUGGUAGCACACCCGUGACUGUUCGGCCCUACCGCACAAAUGCAGCAAAGCUAGAGGCUAUACGAGACAUCGUCGGAGAGUGGAAAAGAGAGGGAAUCGUAACUGAGACACAAUGCGAGUAUGCGAGCCCAGUCAUUCUCGUCGAAAAGAAAAAUGGAGAGCCGCGCGUGGUAGUAUACUAUCGUCGGCUGAACGCUCAGACGAUAAAGGAGAAGUAUCUCUUGCCAGCUAUCGAUGACCAGCUCGAGGGUCUUGCCGGGGCCAAACUAUACGUCGUCCUUGACCUGGCACAUGGAUACCUCCAAGUCCCUUUGGCCAAAGAGGCCAAAAAAAACUGCAUUUAUAACUCCUGA